AGUUAUCGGCAAAGCAGUCACAGCUAGGAUCAUUGUGACAUUUCCGUUGGUAUAAAGGCUCCACACUAAACAGUCAGCCAGUCGAGCAUGAGUAACGUGGUCUUCGUCGGCUCGGUGGCCACCUUGGCCAUCGUGGUCGCCUCCCUUAUCACUAUGGUCUCCCUGCUCAAGGACAUCUCUGACCUGCAAAUGGAGGUGCAGGUCGGCAUGGACGAGUUCAAGGCCAUCUCAGAUGACACCUGGAACCGUAUUCUGACCAAACAUUUAAAUCCUGGUGGCGUUUCUGAUGUUCCUCCCACUUUUGUCACUCUAUUUGGACGCCGUACGCGCAGAGCAAAUGGUUUCCCAGAUCAGUGUAACUGUGGGGAGAAGUCCAGGGACUGCCCACCUGGACCCCCUGGACCGCAAGGGCCUAAGGGAGAACCUGGAGAGCCUGGAAAAGAUGGUGAAGACGGAAGACCUGGCGCUCCUGGUGUUGCUCUCGCCGUAACUCAUGAGAUUCCCGGAGGCUGCAUUAGCUGCCCUGCAGGGCCACCUGGACCACGCGGAGAGGCUGGAGACCCAGGACCAGCUGGUCCACCAGGACCAUUUGGACCACGCGGACCACCAGGUGACGUCGGACCAAUUGGAGAGCCAGGAGAAGCCGGCGAACCAGGACCAGCAGGACAGCCUGGACGUCCAGGCCCACCAGGACCUCCUGGAGAACCAGGAACUCAGUACACUCCCGGAAUGCCAGGCAUGCGUGGUCCACCAGGACCUCCCGGACCUCCAGGAGAACAGGGACCACCCGGACCUGACGGAAAGAACGGAGAACCAGGACCUCCUGGUCGUCCAGGUCGCAACGGAAAGGAUGGAAACCGUGGACGUAACGGACUACCUGGACCUAAAGGAGAGGACGGCAAACCAGGCGCAGAUGCAACAUACUGCCCAUGCCCACCACGCCACAAACCAGUGGAAACGACACCACCUCCUCCAUGCCCUCCAAUGCCAAACAGUCAAAACAAAAUGGCAAAAUGCUGAGAUUUUGAAUCACUCAAUUAGUCCUAGAAGCACUGAGAAAGAGAUGGGACAAAUGUUACUCGAAGCUUCUACCCAAGAAGUUGUCUUUUCUUGUUUGUACAACUGCAUAGAAACAUAGAACACAUAUUAAGCGCUUCGCGUUUGUAAUUGAUAGGAUGUUUGUGAUUGAUGAAGUGCUAGCACAUAAAUUUUCAC